AUGGGGGCCAAUCCCACAAAGAAUCCUGGCAACUCUGUUCCAGUUGAUCAUUUGACUGCUGUCCUCCCAUUAGAUGGUAUUCCUUGGUGGAAGCAGCGGCAUCUUUUGCGUCUUAACCUCAUCAUCCUUUCUUUGGUGUUGUACUCAUCGGCCAACGGGUAUGACGGAUCCUUAAUGAAUGGUCUUGAGGCCUUGGAUCAGUGGAAAACUUUCAUGGACCAUCCAGCCGGCGCUUGGCUUGGAUGGAUCAACGCAAUCUACUGGCUCGGAUGUGGUGUUGGAUACCCAACUGCCGCCUGGAUUGCCAAUCGAUAUGGACGAAAGCCAGGAGUUUACGUGGGAUAUAUCUUCCUGGUUCUCGGAAGUGUGCUCCAGGCAGCAGCACCAAAUGACAAGGCAUUCUUACUAGCCCGUCUAUUCUUGGGGGUUGCCUCUGCUCUGUUUGGAAACGCUGUUCCCCUCUUAAUCAACGAAAUUGCCUACCCGACCCACCGUGGAAUCCUCAAUUCUCUUUUCAUGUCAGGAUGGUACGUGGGUGGAACGGUUGCGGCUUGGGUGGUUUUCGCUUCACGGACAUACUCAUCUCAUUGGUCCUGGCGACUUCCAUCACUUCUGCAAGCGCUGGUGCCUCUUGUUGCUUUGCCUGGAUUUUUCCUCGCCCCAGAGAGCCCUCGGUGGUUGGUUUCAGUUGACCGGGAGGAGGAAGCACGUGAAAUACUCACAAAAUACCAUGCUGCGGGUGAUGCUUCCUCGCCUUUGGUCAACUACGAAUUUCAGGAGAUUCUCUCCACCAUUCGGGCAGAGAAGGAGGCAAGUAAUAACGGUUCUUAUGCAGAGAUGUUCAAGACACCUGGUAACCGUCGUCGCUUGAUGAUUUCUAUCAGCUUGGGAAUGUUUGCUCAAUGGGUUGGCAAUGGUGUGAUUUCAUACUACCUGGCCCUAAUCCUGACAUCUAUUGGAGUUACCAACGUUCGAGACCAAACUCUCAUCUCAGCUUGCCUCCAGAUGUGGGACCUUGUAUUUGCUGCAAUUGGAGCCUUUUUGAUUGAUCGGCUCGGACGCCGCCCACUUUUCUUGGCCUCAGCCGUGAUUAUGUUUGUGAGUUAUGUGCUUGUCACAGCUCUUUCGGGGUCAUUCGCGACGACAGGCGAUAGUGCAACCGGUGCUGCCGUCAUCCCUUUCCUUUUCAUUUUCUUCGCAGGAUAUUGUGUUGCGCUGACCCCCUUCCUCACCUCUUAUCCCUGCGAAAUCUGGCCCUUCCGCCUUCGAUCCCGCGGUCUGACUGUCACAUGGGUCUCCACCAUUGUUGGCAUGUUUUUCAACACAUUCGUCAACCCCAUUGCAUUGGAUGCCAUUGCAUGGAAAUAUUAUAUUGUAUUCAUUGUUGUGCUGAUGAUAUUCGGUAUUACGGCAUACUUUUUCUACCCCGAAACUAAAGGCUACUCACUGGAGCAAAUCGCCGUGGUCUUCGACGGCCCAGAUGCUCUGGUGGGAGGUAGUGCGGAGUAUAAGACCCCGGUGGGUACCCUCGACGAUUCAAAGAAUGGUUCAUCGACUGUUCAUAACGAACUGGCUUGA